GAAAAAGGCACAGGAAGAGCCCAAAGGGGGUGGUGUGGGUUUUUGGAUAGUGAGGUAUAGGAAGAUCCAAAGGGAGCUGAAGCAUGGGAAGAACUCAGGCAAGGUGGUGAGGUAACUUUAGGGCUGCCACGGUAUAUGGGUACACACACACACACACACAGGCUCAGGAGCUGAGGGAAACACCCAAGUGUACAAAAGGAGGUGAAGCACAGGGGGAGAGACAGGGACGAAGCAAAGCCAAGGAUCUCAUGGACUGAUGGAGGAUCCAACCUGGAAACCUGACAUCAACUAAUGGGAUGGUCUGAAGAUUUGAGAAGGCUGCAACAACUGACACAAAGCUUCUGCAACACACAAUAUUGUUGCAACAGCAAGUUGGAUCUCACUGAGGGAUUAUAAAUAUUUUGCCAGAAUGACUGAACUUCAGGGAAAGAAAUACUGGUUUCAAUCUUAAAAGUGUUAGAACUGCAAGAGGAACGUGUCCUUAAAGGAUAUUACGAACUGCUGUUCUCGGCUGGAGUUACACAUUAUAUGUUUUAGUUUCUGAAAAUGGUCAUGAUGAAAUUUUGCAACCUACAGCUAUCAUUUAUACUUGAUUAAAUUGUACUGAGCCAUGAAGACACCUGAUGCUACAGCUCACACAUCUUAAUAUGACUAUAGGGUGCCUGGGAUGUGAACUAAGGUUGAGGUAUACUUCUUCCUGAGAUUUGACCACGUUUCAGGCCCAUACGUCUUGUCAAAUUGAAAAUGAGCUGUGUCCCCUGGAAAGGAGAUAAGUUAAAACUGGACUCUGAUGCUCAGGCAUCUGCUCUGAUUUAUCAUGAAAAGCAGAGGAGAGAGCUGUGUGCACUUCACGCCCUCAACAAUGUCUUCCAGGAUGGAAGAGCAUUCACUAGAGACACCCUCCAGGAGAUUUUUCAGAGGUUAUCCCCCAAUACCAUGGUAACGCCGCACAAGAAGAGCAUGCUGGGAACAGGAAACUAUGAUGUUAAUGUAAUAAUGGCUGCUCUACAAACUAAAGGUUACGAAGCUGUUUGGUGGGACAAACGAAGAGAUGUUAAUACUAUUGCUCUUUCGAAUGUGAUGGGCUUUAUUAUGAACAUCCCCUCCAGCUUGUGUUGGGGUCCCGUGAAGCUUCCUCUUAAAAGGCAACACUGGAUUGGCGUCCGAGAGGUUGCUGGAAUCUACUACAAUCUGGACUCGAAGCUGAAGCUGCCAGAUCCGAUCGGCAAUGAGAAUGAACUCAGAAAAUUUCUGAAACACCAGCUGAGGGGGAAGAACUGUGAGCUCCUAUUGGUUGUGAGUGAAGAGGUCGAAGUUCAUCAGAGCUGGAGGACAGAUGGCUGACUUGGGGAAAAUCCCAGUGUAAACUACGCCUUGCAGUCACUACAGCUCCCUGCUCAAGGGAUGAAGCAAAACGCAUAAACACCACAACUCUUGGUCUUUCUCGAUGGAAGAGGAAUUUCCUUUUAGCUCUGCAUAUCUUUAAAAGACUUGGUGACUUAAGUAUUUGAAAUGAAAGUUGGUGCUUUUUUUAAACAAAAAUGAAUUACUCAAAGCAGAAAAUCUGAGGGACGAACAGUUUUUAUUUUGUUGUUUAGUGAAUUUAAAAAAAAAUGUAAAUUGUAUAAAUAUUAAAAUUGGGGGAAGAUUAUUGGAAUAAUUGGCCAGGUAAGGCUUAGGUCAAGACUAAACUAAACAAGAAUUUCAGGCAGCAAACACAUCUCAGCACCAAGGCCCAAGUAAAUCUCUUGAUCUAAAAGUUACAGUAAAAUGCUGGAAAUAUUCAGGUCCUCGGGCAACAAGAGAAUUGGAGCUAUCUUUUUAAGUCAGUGACUUUUCAUUCUGGAAAGCUGUUGCUUGGUUUUGAAUUACUAAACGUCAGCUUGCCCCCAACACUCCUUUCCUAGUCAGCACUAGUUUUGCCAGUGAUUUGUUUUCUUAAAUUAAGAGAUUCUCACUUUUUCUCGCUAACAUAUUGGAAAUGAAGAAGACAUUUGUUUGGGGCUUGUGUUGCUAAUGAUGAAGACAUUGGGGAGAAGUCUGUGCUGCACAAUGCAAUCUUUUUUAAAAUUUGGAAAUUGAUCCCUUUGCUGUCUACACACAGGAGCCCAUGUGAUUCAAAAGUGAUAAAUCAAGUUUUAAAAUUAAAUAUUUUGGCUACCGGCUUCUUAAAAUGGAUACCAAGAGUUUAAAAGUGAUAAGCACAUUGACAAUCUGGUUAAAGGUAGAGAAUAUUGUUAAACUCAUUCAAAUCCUGUAGGUAUUAGUUUUCCAGUAUAUGUUGUAACUUGACAAGUUUGUACUACCUGUUAGUGCCAAUGAAAGUGUCUGUGUAAUUCAGAAUCCCUUUAGUACCCUUCAUCAGUGAUGUCCAGGCAGUAACAUAACUCACUAGGGAAGGGUGGCUGGUGGUUUGCCAGUUGUACACCCUUGCCCAGUAUUAGUUUGUAAAGAUUUUCAAUGGGAGCGAAAGCAGCUGGGUGGGGUGUGAAACCUGCAACAGUCUGAUCUGUUUCACCCAGAAUGGGUGGGGAGCUGAUUUUGUAAUUCCACUCCCUCACCCCAAAAUUUUGUAAUUCCACUCCCUCACCCCAAAACUUUGUCAGAAAAGAUUUGGCUGAUUGAUCAGUCAGAAAUUGAAACCGUACCAAGUCAAUAACUAAUGAACAAUGUGGACCAGUGAAGGUAACAAGACAGCACAAAGUGCUGGACAAGCUGGCAGUCAUAAGGCACCUUAAUAAUUGUCUGGACAAUCUAUUGGGGAAAGAGAAAAGAGCAGGGAGAUUCCAAAUUCCCCAAAUUAUGGAAUUUGUUGCUGUAUUUCACAAAACUUAAGUUAUCGAAAUGAAGUAGUCUUUUUGUUCAGAUAACCCGCCACUGUUCCAGGAACCGGAGGUGCACUCACAGUUGAAUAGAUUUUGUUCUCAGAGUUUGGGGAUAGAUCUGAUACCCCAAACACAGUUGUUUGCCUUGACCUACAUCUCUGAGAGAGAUGCUCAAUACCAACACAUUUUGUAGUUUAACUGAUGGUAUGGGACCUUGCUGUAAGGUCGGAUGUUGGGAGGGGGGAGGUGUAGCAUAAUCCCAAUAGAAUCAUCCUUUUCAUAAUCACUGUUCCUGAUUUUGACUGCUCCCAGAGAGAUUCCACUCCUGGUCAGCAGUGUAUCCCUGUGGAUUUAGAUCUGCUGCCUUGGCUUGACUUUAUAUUAAAGGCACCGUUUAAAUGAAUGACUUCUUGACAUUGCUUGAAUGGGAUUUCACCGGGACCCUUGAGACAAUAGCAAUGUGACUCGGACAGGCUGGAAUCUUAAAUCCAGCAACACAGGCAAAGUGAUAAAGUGCCAGUUCCUUUGAUUAAAGAAAUGAGAAGAUGAUGAGAAGUGUCCAUCUCAUUCACUGGGUUGUGGUCAGAUUGAUCUCAGGAAUUGUCGUUCUGUGACAAGCAUCUAAGAGUUGGUCAUUUCAUUAUUGCUGACCAGUUGCUGAGACUCAAACACUUGUCACCACCUGAGAAAUGUUAAUA